CCCAGGAAGCUGAGCUCCUUGUGUGUGCCGGCCACAAACUGGUUUCAUUAAAGCAAUACAACAGCUUAAGAGACAAGAGGAGACUCAAUGGCCUAGCUGUGUUUCAUGUUAAUUAUAUCUCAUGGUUACGUUAGUCAAACAAUGUCUCAUUGUUUAACUACUAAAAAUGUAUUAUUGUUAUGAAUAAUAACCCCAAUUCUAGUUGAUCGAAGACUGACAUCCUCUGACACAAUUCAACAGCAUGAGAUUGAUGUGAAAAACAUAAAGGUGGCACUGUGUGUUGGAUUCCUAUGGUGUGUGCCUGCGUGCGUGCGUGUGUGCGCGUGUGCGUGUGCGUGGGUGCGAUUCUGAGAAAUGAAUCCGAGCAAGGGGCUUCCUUAGUGGAUAUCUUUUACUGCGUCCCCCAUGUCCCGGGAAUCCGGGAUCAUAUUCCACCCAAAAAUGUCUGGGACUCUUUCUGCUUUGCAGCCCUUGCCACACUCCAUUGACAGUCAACACUGAUCAGAGAUCAUAAUGAAACUUCACUCAAGUUAACUUGAUCUUGGAAGGACAAACUAAAUCCAAGUUACUUUUGGAGGGCCAGGAUCAGACCAGGUGGCAGAAGGGUAAGAACAUGGCGACAGUGUGAAACGUCUGGUCCAUUGAUCCAUGGACUACGUGCUGGAGGCUGCAGACCGUAACCUUCUCACUCCCUAUGUGUACCCUGCGUCGUGGUCCGAGGGCGGGGCCCUGCGGCAGGUGCUCAGCCUGCUGCUGCUCACCAACCUGGGGGCCGAGCUGCUCUACCUCGGGUUUGCCUCCCUGAGCUUUUACUAUGUCUUCGAUCAUCGUCUCAUGAAGCACCCAUUCUUUCUUGAGAACCAGGUGCAGAGAGAAAUCAAGCUAGGGGUGACCUCCAUCUUCUGGAUGAGCUUCCCCACAGUCGCCUUCUUCUUUGCUGAAAUCAGAGGCUACAGCAAACUCUAUGACAACAUCAGUGAUUCGUCCUCUGGCUGGCCAUUGGUGAUCCUGAGCAUUGGCGGUUUCCUGUUCUUCACAGACAUGGUGAUCUAUUGGCUGCAUCGGAUUCUGCAUCAUAAAAGUGUUUAUAAGUAUUUGCACAAGCAGCAUCACAUUUUCAAGGUCCCUACGCCGUUCGCCAGUCACGCUUUCCAUCCGGUGGACGGGUUCCUUCAGAGUCUACCGUACCACAUCUACCCGUUCCUCUUCCCUCUCCACAAGGUGGUGUACCUCGUCCUGUUUGUGUUCGUCAACGUCUGGACCAUCUCCAUCCACGACGGAGACUUCCGUAUCCCCUGGCCUCUGAUCGAGGUGAUCAACGGGGCGGCCCAUCACGUGGACCACCACCUAUAUUUCUAUUUCAACUACGGUCAAUACUUCACUCUUUGGGACCGUCUGGGAGGCUCGUACCGACACUCUUCCGCCCUCCUGGGGAAGGGGCCGCUCGACCACGUACGAAAGCUCUCCGCCGCGGGGAAGUUAAGGAGAUGAGUGUCAAUGUGAUGAUUGGGUUCAGCUUCUUCAUGGAGUUAGUUUGACAUGUUAGGUUGCAACAACUCACUGCGGCCAACCGUCAAUGAAUAGUGUUGACAAUGUUUCCUAAACUGAACUGGAUACUUUGCACUGAAGUCAAAAAUAAGAUUCUGAAAGUGCAAGUGCAAGAAUUGUUAAUGGGAUUAAGCAUUAAACAAUGACUAUUACAUCCUCAUCCCAGCAUAAUUGACAAAUAUAUAUAUAUAUAUAUAUAUAUAUAUAUAG